GAUGUAAGGGACGAUGGUUUCGAUUUAACAUGUUGGGGAAAUCCUGUGUUUACAUCAGAAAACAUCUGCCUCAGGUAUUAAAAAAAAACUGGACAGCAUAUUUGGAGUGUGAAGUUGUCCAUUAAAGGUUUGUGAUGGCAGACCAAUGGCAUGUGUAUGAUGCAACAGAAGAAGGGCAAGAAGCAACAGAAGAAGGAAACCAACCAGCAGUUUUAAAGCGUGAACAGUCAGUCUACGACAUGGAUAUCAAGUGUCACAUCUGUUAUGAACUGCUAGUAAAGCCAUCCUCUUUGGCAUGUGGUCACACCUUCUGUAGGCUAUGUCUGGCAGAAUGGUAUAAUGCGUCUAAGCGUUUAGAAUGCCCUGAUUGUCGCACACCAUGGCAGGAAGUUCCAAGGGUCAACAUAUUUAUCAGGGAAGUAUUGCAAAAAGAUUAUCCUGAAAAGUUACGAGAGAGGGAAGAGGCUUUAAACACUGAAGAAAAUGAUCAGAUAAUAAACAAUUUUGAGAGAUUUGGUCAACAAUUAAAAGCCAGGCGAGUCGCUGGACAGCCUGGCAGGGUGGUAGUACAGGGUGGUCCACAAAGAAAUGUAAUGCAAGUAAAGGACUUCUGUUCAGGAUUUAUAGUGGCAGCUGCUGUAGUAAUGUUUAUGUAUUUGAUAUGGUACUGGCGCAGCGACAGUGACCACGGUAUGUUGAUAUACAAGCCAGUUCUGCGAUGGGAGCCAGAGGAGGUGGGAACUUGGCUGGAGGAGAUGGGGACCUGGAGUUCCGUUUAUGCCAGCAAUGCAAUAGAAGAAAAAAUAGAUGGAAGGCAACUCUUGGUAAUGGACGAAUCUGAUUUGAAAGAAAAAUUGAAAAUGGAAGACAGUCUCCAUAUGAAGGUUGUGUUGCAGUCUCUAAAUGAUUUGUCUGAAAGGGGGUCAAAGCUGCCGGGAACUCUCUGGGAAUAUAAGUCACUACACCCCGGACUUGCCAUGUUGUUGUUGUAUGGAAUGAAAGACUACCCUCGUACUACGAUCUUGUUCAUAUACCUGUUUGAAUAUGAUUCUGUUUUCAUCCCAUUCGUACACAACACAUGUAUAGAUUCUGAGACAACUUUAGACAUGUUUGACAAUGUGACCAGUGGACAGCUGACCGAGUUUGUAUCCUGUGGCCUGUUCCUGCCUUACUACCUCAUUGGAAUCUAUGCUUACGAUUGGACUGUCACCCAUUACUGGAUCAGUCGACUAGUCAUUAUCACCUGUAUGGCUCAAACUUACCUAGAAUGUACCUUCAUCGCCGAUUUCCUGAGAGGCGGGUAUAGAAACAUCUUUUCAAUGGGGAAAAGUUACGGAAAGAGCUUGCUGUCUGGUGUUUUCUUCAUCAUCAUCUGGCCUGUUGUCCCAUCCUUCAUCUGUAACAUCUUCUUCUACGUAGCCCUGUACCUGUCUCCCUACGUGAGUCUGGAGAAAAUGUACCAUCGCAUCAGGAAUACAAACCCAAGGAACUGAGAGAUAGUAAAGAAGAUUGACCAAUGCUUCAAGGCAAAGGAAGUCACAUAUAUAUAUAUAUAAUUCAUCUGGCAAUGUGACAACUAGAUGGCCAGAUUUGGUUGGUUGAUCAAUGUGACAGAUGGCCAGGCCUUGUUAGUCGAUCAGUGUGGGGACUAUCAUGGAUAAUUUGUAACUUUGUGCCAGUCCAUAAUUCGGUUUGGAAAAAAUAUAACAUAAAAGUUUUUUUUUUAUAUCAGACUUGAGAAGGUACAAAUAGAUAUAUUUUCAUGAGUUAGAUUGUAUGUACCUAAAUCUCUUGCCACAUUUUUUAUUAUUAGUUAGAAUUUAUUUGAGUAUGGGCAAUCAUUUGUAUGUUUCUUACUGACUACAGCUUGUAAAUCUGUCACUCUUAUUCGUGGGAAAUCUGCAUAGUAACCCAUCAGAUACCUCACAGAAAUCUGGCUAUGCAUUAGAGGAGUAGAGAGACUCCAGUCUUGGUUAAUAGAAGGGUAAACACAUUAGGCCUGUUCCCUUGAAGCAGCGAUAUUCUUAUCACUUAGGUUGUUGUUCCACUGAAUCAGGCCAUCAGGCCAAGUGAUUGCCAUCUCUUUUAAAACAAAACAUUCCAUUUGUUUUUGCUUUAUGACAAUUUGGUUUUAUUGUUUGGAAUGCCAGGCUUCAAUUUUUCCUCAAAACUUUAAUACUCCUUUGGUAGUAUUAAAACCAUGUACGGUAAUCAUCCAUAGCCUGAAGGCUUCCCACCUCGACAGGCUUUUUUCCCCCUGAAAUGCUGAUAGCUUUGCUAUUGACAAAUGGAUCAUUUUGAAGACAUAUACAUUGUGUUAUAUUUUAUUUUAUAUGCAUGUUUUUAAAAACAAAUUCUCAUUUAAAUUUUUUUUUUUUUAUUUAUUGAUUUUAAUUUCUUAAUCAAAAUCUAUAAAUAGUUUCAAAAUUGAAAACGAAAUUCCUGUCAAGUUCAUUGGCAUAUGACAAUAUCCAAAGUUCUGUUCAAGCCAAGUAUUAUCAUUAUUACUGUUUUGGUUUUUAAAGGUGUGAUGUGGAACUAGAUAAUCAUGAUUACAAAAAUUGGUCAUGAGCUGUAUAUAUAUAAUCAGAUCCAUGCACAACUGAAAAUUUUGGCAAUGAUAAUCGUGUAUAUUGUAGAUGAAUGUUGAUUUCAGAUCAAUUUGAUAUACAUGUACUCUUAGACUAGUAUUGGCAGUUGGGUAUUCUCUUUCAUUCAUGAGAUGCCAUAGAUGGUUUGACGACACUAUGAUUGUUGGAAUAUUGAUUUAUUUUUCAAAAUUUUAUUAAACAUUUACUUCACUGAAAAAUACACCAUUUGACAAGUAAAUCAGAUUCUCUGGCCUACACACAGUAACUGACAAUGUGAAGCUGAUUGGGCUGCCCUUUUCUAAGACAUUCUUUCAGUUGAUCUAAUUGUCAGGAAUUUUUCCUGCAGAAAAUUUGAUUACUGUAUGAAAUGUCGUCAAGUACAUGAGAAAAAAUACCAUGUAUGUCUGGAUAUGAUAUAGAGAAGUCUAAAUCCUCACAUUAUUAUGUCGUGUAAUGUGCCUGCCCAUUGUGUCAUGUCUGUACAGUUAGCAGUCACUGGGGCCCUUUAUAGCUUGGGAGAUUUUUUUGCUCUGCAGGUUUAUCACUGGUACAAUGUAUAUACAUACCCAUUUUGUAUGUGCAUUGACCAAUCUAAUCUGUAUCAUCCAACAUAAUUAUUCUUGAUUUAAUUACUUACUGUCAAAUCAUCUCGAUUUUUAAUUGGCCAAGUACAUACGGUAUAUUGAAAAUUCAUGCCUGGAUUCAACAUUUUCGAAAUUUGAUCUGAAUUUGUUACUAUUAUUAUAAAUUUUUUUUAUAAUAAUCAACAAAAAUAAAAAAAAAUCCCACAAAAAUUAUAAUUUUACAGUAAUCUUACCACGCUCUCAUUUAUAAUGACUGUUAUAUACUGAUUAUAUAAUAUAUAUAGACACAUCUCCAAACCACAAUUUUUUUAUUUUCUUUAAUUCAGAUUCACAUAUCAUUGGAUUCACAUAUCAUUUGGAUUAUAUGCUGUAAAUAACAGAAGAAUUAUCUUCCUAUUUAUUCUUUUCCAUUCUGCCAUGUUGUCCAUAAAACUUGUAUCAACUAUAAUGACUGUAGAUAUCUUUAGUUAAUUAGAUGAUGUUUAAUUUGCACCUUUAUUUCCUACACACUGAGAAAUAUUGAUCACCGUUCACCUGACUCCCUAUAUUUCCUGUGUGUCAGAGUUUCUUAGGUAUGUCUGCUUUCAGUGUUGAAGACUAUCUGAGAUGGCCUAUUAAUGUUGAAGUCUAUCUGAAAUGGCCUGUUACUGUUGAAGACUAUCUGAGAUGGCCUGUUACUGUUGAAGACUAUCUGAGAUGGCCUAUUAGUGUUGAAGACUAUCUGAGAUGGCCUAUUAGUGUUGAAGACUAUCUGAGAUGGCCUGUUAGUGUUGAAGACUAUCUGAGAUGGCCUAUUAGUGUUGAAGACUAUAUGAGAUGGCCUAUUAGUGUUUAAGACUAUCUGAGAUGGCCUAUUAGUGUUGAAGACUAUCUGAGAUGGCCUAUUAGUGUUGAAGACUAUCUGAGAUGGCCUGUUAAUGUUGAAGACUAUCUGAAAUGGGCUGUUAGCAUUGAAGACUAUCUGAGAUGGCCUAUUAGUGUUGAAGACUAUCAGAGAUGAUCUCUUAGUGUAGGAAACUAACUGAGAUGGCCUGUUAGCGUUAAAGACUUUCUGAGAUGGCCUGUUUUUGUUGAAGACUAUUUGAGAUUCGACGGCCUGUUCGUGCUGUUGAAUAUCAGAGAUGGCUUGUUUGUACUGUUAAAGAAUAUCUUAGAAGCUAGUCAGUGUAAUCAAGAUUAUAAUAAGAUGGCCAUGCCCUGUUGAUAUUUUUCAGUGAAUUGAUAGGAAAACUUAGAAAUUGCUUAUUGAGUUUCAUGAAUCCAUUAUAAAGCCUAAUGUAUUUGACCUAUGAACUAUGAACUGUAACUGUAUGUGUUCUGAUCUCCUAACCCUUAUGAUAACUAAGUUAUCCUAUAGGCUUUCAGCCUUGGAGCAAAUCUCCUUGUUUAAUGAUGGACCUCAAUAACGAAGAUGGCAACUGUACAUCUACAGUCUAUCACCCAAACAUAUUUGUCACAGGACUAAUAUUUGUCACCAAGACUAUCGCCACCUGUUCAGCUUGAUUUGUGUGAGUGACCAGCUGUAAACUGACAUUUCCCAAUCUAGUGCGAGGGUGUAACUUAGUAACAGUCUGCCCGGGUGUAGACGCUCUCCUUACUGACAACACCAGAGUGUUUCGUCAGUCUAGAUCUCUGAUCACAGAUAAUACUGGUCAGCUUUAUGUGUUGCUCACACAUCAUUGGUCUCUGUUUGGUUUAAAUUGGGUUUAAAAACAAAUUCAAGUCAACAUACAACUAGAUUUGUUAAAGUUUGAAGGACAGAGCCUUAAGGUUUUAUGCUUACAAGAUUUGAUUAUGUCAGACUUCAUUAGCAGGUUGUGCAAUAUAUUCCAGAGAGUUUCGCUUGAUAUUAUCAACGCCUAUCAACCCAGUGUGUCUAUCUUCGAGGUUUGAACAAGUUGAGUUUUAUGUUCCUCUAUCUAAAUUUAUUACUGCCCAUUUUAAAACUGUAUUGUUUUUAGUUAAGUUAAGAUUUAUAAAUAGUAAGAUUUUAUGUUCAGUGAUUUUAAUCAUUCUGAUCUGUAUAAUAUUAUUUUAAUGUAUGGUGGUGUAUCUCAUGCUGAAUAAAAGUGCCUUAUUUGAUACAGUAAUAGUACUGACAGGAGUAGACUUGCUAAAGUCCCCUCCCGUCUUACCUGUGCAAUAGUACUGUUACAAUAUACCACUAAAAUGUUAGGUCUGCUCCUUGUCCUACACCUUACAUACUCGUUAGUUACCCGAGGUAAAACAAUUAAUAAUCAUAUAUUCCUCUUUUUUUUCUGGACACAAGUCAUGAUCUCGUAUAUACUGGGGUAUACAUUUUUAUACAUGAUAUAACGGCAUAAAAUGCUAUUUCUGUCAGAAGUACCCUAUUUCUCUCUCUGGAUAUAAGAGUGAUAUAUAAAUUCAAUUUCUCUCAUAUAAAUAAUUGAUUCUUUUUAUAUUUAUAUGACAGACUUGGUUGAUACAUUCCAUUUCUCCAUGUAACACAUUAUCCAUUCUUUUCUGUCUACAUCAAACAUGAGUGAUGUAUUCUAUCUCUAUCUACAUCACACAGGAGUGAUAGAUUCUAUUUCUCUGUCUACAUCACACAGGAGUGAUAUAUUCUAUUUCUCUGUCUACAUCACACAAGAGUGAUAUAUUCUAUUUCUCUGUCUACAUCACAUAGCAUUGAUAGAUUCUAUUUCUCUGUCUACAUCACACAGAAGUGAUAGAUUCUAUUUCUCUGUCUACAUCACACAGGAGUGAUGUAUUCUAUCUCUGUCUACAUCACACAGGAGUGAUAGAUUCUAUUUCUCUGUCUACAUCACACAAGAGUGAUAUAUUCUAUUUCUCUGUCUACAUCACAUAGCAUUGAUAGAUUCUAUUUCUCUGUCUACAUCACAUAGUAGUGAUAGAUUCUAUUUCUCUGUCUACAUCACACAGGAGUGAUAUAUUCUAUUUCUCUGUCUGCCUCACACAGGAGUGAUCAUUCUUUUUCUCUGUCUACAUCACACAGGAGUGAUAGAUUCCAUUUCUCUGUCUACAUCACACAGGAGUGAUCAUUCUUUUUCUCUGUCUACAUCAAACUGGAGUGAUAGAUUCUAUUUCUCUGUCUACAUCACACAGGAGUGAUCAUUCUUUUUCUCUGUCUACAUCAAACUGGAGUGAUAGAUUCUAUUUCUCUGUCUACAUCACACAGGAGUGAUCAUUCUUUUUCUCUGUCCACAUCAAACUGGAGUGAUAGAUUCUAUUUCUCCACAGAUUGUGUGUACAUUUGGCAUGCCGUCGCCCCUAUGAAUUUUCUGUGUGUAAAUAUAUUUAGUAAAUAGCUGUAGCAAUAUCAUAUAGUUAACACUCAUGUUGGAAGCUGUGGGAACUUUGUAAGUGAUUAUAUUGAUUGGAAGAUGACUGGUGUAUUUUUGGAUUUGUACUGAGUCACGCUAUCGUUCAUCAUUCUCUGUAUCAUCGCACACAGCCACCCACUGUCCUUGGUAAAUAUGACAUACAUUUUGAAACUUACUUUCCAUCCAGGAUUCCUUCUCUUUCUGAAAAGGUUUUGAUGUUGAAACAUAAUUGGUUCAUAUAGAUUCAAUAACUGAGUGAAGCAUCACCCAUACUUUGACAUUAGCCAGAUACACUAGGAGAGUGUAAUGCAGCCAUUUAUGGCAUUUCUGUAUCCAUUAUCAAAUUUACCAAAAAUAAUUCUAUAAAUGUAGAUUUUUUUUUUUUCGCAGAACCUUUCAUUGAAAUAUAUGUUGAUUUAGCACAACACGAACAUUAGGAAAUGUCAUUACAGUGGUCCUCAGAUGCUUAAAUGUUUGAAAGGUUUAGCUGUAUGAUAGCUGAUAACUUUUAAUGUCACUCAUAAAUCGUGUGUGAUUGGCUGAAGAAUCGUAAAGUAUGAAGAUUAAACCCUGUAUGGUGUGUCUGUGUGUGUAGGGUCAUAAUGUGUACCAGUACAUAGAUCAUAAUCAUAUAUUCUUUGAAGGAUCGUAAAGUUUUAUUAUAGUCAUUUAUUUUGUGUAGGAUCAGAAAGGGAAAAGAUCAGUCAUAUACAGUGUAUAUAUUGUAAGUGAUAUGAUUACUUAUUAUAAAGACUACAAAACAAAAACUACUUUUGCUGCUGAUAACAAUAAGAACCAUUGUUUUAACAUACAGGGUCCAGUUUUUCAAAAGGUGAUCAGGCUAAUCACAGUUUAACAACAACUUUAAAAUCCUAAUAAAAUCAUUUCUGGCAACACUAACUUGUCAAAACUAUGAAACUAUUAUUAACACUUGUCAGUUUUUUCUUCUCUGCCUAUUUUAAGAAAUACACACACUCAGGUUUUAAAGUAAAGGAGAAACGAGAUUUUCACUAAUCAAGUGAUUAAGCUAAUCAUCUUUUGAACAACUGGGCCCAGGUUUAUCAAAGGUUAUAUUUCUUAAACCAAAUGGCAUACAAACAUUGUACAUGUACAAGAAUAGCCCAUGUCUAUAGGUCAGAGGAAUCUUGACUCUAGUACUAGAAUAGAGGAACCGUAUAAAAUAUAACAUGUAUGUUUUAAUACUAUCUCUUAAUCACAUGAAGUAUGACAUGUAUUUACCAAUAUUAUCUCUUAAUCAUGUUAAGCUACAUUUUCCAUGCUUUUUCUAUCUAAAAAUGUUUAUAUUCUGGGUUGAAGGAAUGUUUUAUAUGGUCACAAUGCUAUUGACCACAAAUGCAGGAAUUUAACAGAACCAUUUAGAUUUUAUACCAUUGUGCAAUUUUACCUGAUUUUGUCAUUCUAAGACUCAUAUUUCUAUUGAUUUUAUUAUCAUCAUGGUAAAUCUUCACUUAAAUUCUUAUGAAAAACCCAUUAUUUUGUAUUAUAUAUAAUAUUAACUUGAAGAUAAUCAUCUUUCUGAUGAUUUAGUAUGUCUAUAAUGAUUUUAUUAUGUUAAGUAAUUGUUUUUAAGUUUUGUAUGAUAUAUUGAAAAAAAUCUGUGAUCAUGAUACUGCAUCCUAUUUAAUCCUAAUGCCAUCUUUAUUUUUUUCUCACCUCAUUAUAAUGAGAUAGUUAUUGUGUCAGCAGAUAGUCUUGUUUUGUUAGCCAUAUUGAUUUUUUUCUCACCUCAUUAUAAUGAGAUACUAUCUGAUAGUUAUUGUGUCAGCAGAUAAUCUUGUUUGGUUACAGAGACCUGUUAUCUAGUGGUAAUGAGAUAAAAUUAUCAAGAUGGAGCAUAUCAGCUUCUGUAGCAUCCUAUUAUCUGGUGGUAUGUGAUAAUUACUCCCAGGAGUUGUUACUGUUUUGUGUUGUAUCAAAACAUUAUGUUCAUUCAAUCAAGGAUUUUAAUAUAUAUUUUUAAUAAAACGUUCUUUACAGUAAAUGUAAUUCAAACAUAUUUAAUCAAACAUGUUACUCUGUUUUAAAUUAUAUUAUUGUAACUCUGUUUUAACUACAAUAUAAUCAUAAAUCUGUAUCUCCAUGGAAUAUUAAAACAUAUAUAGGCUUACACAUGUGUGCAUUGAUAUGUAAGUAAUGUGUGUGUGUUUUGUCAGGGUACAACAGAUGUAUGAUAUUUAUAGAUUUUUGGAGAUGCAUAAUGUAAUCAAUCUCAGUGUAAACUUUCUUUUCUGUGAACGAUUGUUUUUCAUGAAAUAAAUUCUGCAUUGUAUUCUG